UUUGUUCAAGAGGACACUGAACACUUUGACAAACAAAAACCAUUGUCUUGUCAACAAAGUGAUGUCAGAACCAGCAGCAGCCAAAGUGAAAUCAGUCUUCAUAUAUCCAAUAAAAUCCUGCAGGGGCAUCUCUCUCUCAGAAGCACCCCUCUCUUCCACUGGGUUUAGAUGGGAUAGACAAUGGGUUGUUGUGAAUUCUAAAGGUAGAGCUUGUACACAAAGAGUGGAUCCAAAGUUGGCUUUAGUUGAAGUAGAGUUGCCUCAGGAUGCAUUUGCUGUUGGUUGGAAGCCAAACAAGGGGUCUUACUUAGUAAUAAGAGCACCGGGGAUGGAUGAGCUGAAGGUUUCAUUGUGUAGACCAUCUCAAAUAUGUGAGGGUGUCUCAGUUUGGGAAUGGUCAGGAUCGGCUUUGGAUGAGGGAGAUGAAGCGUCUAAAUGGUUCACUAAUUAUCUUGGCAAGCCAAGUCGGUUAGUGCGUUUUAAUGAAGAGUCGGAGACGAGACGUGUGGACCCAAAUUAUACAUCUGGAUUCAGAGUUAUGUUUUCUGAUGGAUAUCCGUUCCUUGUAGUGUCCCAGGAGUCUCUAGAUUCAUUGAAUGAACGUCUUCAGGAACCUGUACCAAUAAACCGGUUCAGACCAAACAUUCUGGUUGAUGGUUGCGAACCGUUUUCUGAGGACCUAUGGAAGGAAAUUAAAAUUGAAAAUUUAACAUUCCAUGGCGUCAAACUUUGCUCCCGCUGUAAGAUACCGACAAUUAAUCAAGAAAAUGCAGUUGCAGCUUCCGAGCCGACUGAAACUCUUGUGAAGUUCCGGUCAGGGAAAGUCUUGCGUCCCGGUCAAAAAGGGCAAGGGAUGGUGUUCUUUGGACAUAAUAUGGUAUGCCAUGAUUUGCAUGGAAAGAUGAUUAAAGUGGGAGAUCCUGUGUUUGUUAUCAAGAAUUUCUCAUCAUAUGAUGAGACAUCAAUUUAAAACUGUUAUCCGCAAAUAGUUUCAAGUGUUUGUAAUCUUCAAAACUUUGCAAGUACUUGGUGGACGCUAAUCACUGGCGGACUCA